AUGAAGUCGUACUGUCGCACGAGCACGUGCAUACGCCGACGUAAUAAAAUAAAAUUAUCACGACACGCGUCCCAAGAUCACGUGUCCAGAAUUCGUGAUGAUUUGAAGCACAUUGAUCUGGAUGCUCUAGAGCAGCCGAUUUUAUUCACGUUUGCAAGAAGAACGAGCUGAACCUUUCUGAAUGUAUAAAAGCAAGCAUAAUCAACCUGAAACCGCAGUUGAAAACUGGAAUGCCAGAUUAUAAAAUACCCUCCUUGGAACCAUUGAUGUUGAAGGAAUUAGCAGCUACAGCAGGAGGGAAUAUUAAACUGAAGAUGACGAACGUUGUCGUUCAUGGUGCCAGUGAUUUCGUAUUAACGAAGUUGAAAUCCAGUUUGGAAACACUGACCUUCGUAGCCGAUCUGGAUAUUCCGCAUCUUUUCAUCGAAGGCAACUACGACGUUAAUGGACGAAUAAUUCUCCUUAACAUCCGGGGCAAUGGCCCGAUGCAGGGUAACUUCACAACCUGCAAGGCAUUCGUGAAGAUUCAAAUGAAGGAACACAAGAAGGAAGACGGUGAAAGUUACUUAAAAAUAGCCGAGCUUAAGACGAAGAUCUUCAUACAAGAUGGCGUCCUGCAUCUGCAGAAUCUCUUCGGCGGUGAUCCAGUUCUCGGCGACGUUGUCAACAAUGCCAUCAACAGCAACUUCAACGGUUUCAUUACAGAGAUCAAACCAGCUAUUGAGAACGCCAUCUCGAACACGUUCACAGACAUUUCAAACAGUAUUCUACAACAGUUUCCGUACAAAACGCUUUUCCCAGAGUCGUAAACAUUCGAGAAAUAUCGUAGAUCGACGAUAAAUUCAAGCAUCGAGAACAGCUGAAUCGUCUCGCUCGAGAGAUUUUGAGAGAUUUUCCUUUUUUUUUUUUAAGUACGUCAUUGAAAAACGAAGAUUAUAAUCUGGGAUUAUGA